UGGGCGCAGGGUGCUUGAUCACUUCCGUGGGGGUAUAUAUCAGGGUAAAUGCUCUUCUCGGCGACAUUAAUUCUCAAAACGAGGGGGAAAAGCUCACGUUGAUCGACGAUCCUGUCCUCUGGACUCUCUAAACUUUUUUUCGAUUGCUUGUAUGAUUUCAUGGUUGCAUUUCUCAGUUUUUCCUCUUCCCUGGCUGGAUGAUACGUCGUUAAUACAGCUUCUACAUAAUUCUGGAACAUAUAGCUAACGAUGAUAGCACUACGACUAGAGUGCACGUAAGGUGACGUCAAACUAAACAUCAAGAAUGGGAAACAGUGGCAGUUCACCGAUGGGUGCAUCCGUGCCAGUCAACUCCCAGGGACUUGAAAAUCGCCCUCCCCUCGAGAAACCAAUCAACAUCACUAAUAACAACUCUUCCAUGAAGACACCAAAGGAUCCUCCGUCCACCAAUGGUAUCGAGAAAGGGUUGAUCAGUAUGAACGGAAGCGGCAGCCACGACGUGAUUUUCAACAAGGACAACGAGCCGUUAAUCGGGGAGAACACCAAGUUUGAAUGGGACAGACAGGUACCCCUCAUGGACCCCACCGUAGUGGCCAUGAUGGUAGAGAAGAUGGAGAUGAUGAAGAAGAUGAAGAAGAUGGGAGGGCGCCCUCCGAUGAACAAUGGGCAAGAACCAAACGGGACGGUGGUGGACGGGAAGAUGCCAACGAACGGUAACCUGCAUCCGGCACCUUUGAAUGGUAACACGACAUCCAACAAACGGUUACCAACGAAUGGUACACACCCCCAUGGGAAGGCCCCGCCCAACGGUGCACACCCCGUGAUUGGGAAGAUGCCGCCGAAGUUCCCCAAGCUCCUGGGCAGUACAGAAAAUGCUGUUCGGAUUGUGAGGCAUAUGAAGACAGUGUUCAAUUCAGAUGAAGUACAGGACCUCUGCGAUGAAAAACUGGAUUCGACAGACAGCAACAUGAUGUUCAAAAUGAUGCAAUGUAAACUGGAGAUGGAAUUCAAAUUCUUAAACGACCUGGGUAUGGGUCACCUCACGCAGCUGAUCAAACAAGGAAAACUCCCUCCUGUUGUGCAAUUGGUCUUCAUAUGCUACCAAGACGAUCCAGAGGUCUUAAAGGAAAUGGCAUUCGUUGGUCCCAUAUUUUCAAAGCGACCCGAGCUAAUGGUUAGAAAAGGAGACGCAGUUCCGAAUAUCAUCCUGAGGACUUGCUCCGAAGAGGCAGUGACGCUGAACGAACUUCAUCUAAACAAAAACCUCCCCCUUGUUGUCUUUGCUGCCUCAUCAUCCUGACCCCCGCUUCAGGCCUGUUUAAUAGGUGGAGCUCUCUCUGACUUGCUGGAGAGUUACCGAACGCAGGCCGAGUUCUUAGUAGUUUACUUGGAGGAGGCUCAUGCCAAAGGGGAAUUUGGCAUGGGAAGUAAGAUGAGUAGGAAUUCUAGACAUUCCUCUAUCCAUGAUAGAAUCAAUG